UGACAAGAAUUUGGCAGUCAGCCAAGAGCCAUGUUCAAGCUCUUAGGUGUCGGACCAAAAGUUUCAACACCUCUAAUAUUCUCUUUGUCGAAAUCGCCAAGUUGGCGCUGGCAACCUAUUUCAAGUCUUACUCACCGAAGUUGGAGCGCGCCUUGUGGCCCGAACUUCCACACGAUGUCGGUUGUUGACCUAGGUCGUCUGCAAGAUCUGCGACACACCAGACAUUCGAUAACACUUUCUAAUGGCAAGCGCCUUGUUCUCUUCCGCCUGCCGAGAAUUGAUCGGCCGGAUGUAACGCUACCAGCUGUGGAAAGUCCAGAUUCAUGGAAUUACUAUGCAAUGGAGGCAGAGUGUCCUCACGCCGGUGGGCCAAUGGCAGAUGCUCACAUAGACAUCGAAGACUCGUCCUACAUUGCCUCUUGCCCGUGGCAUGCGUAUGACUUCAACGUAGAGACUGGUGAGUCUAGUUAUGGCAUCAAAGCCUGCACGUUUCCGGUCACUGUUCAAGAUGAAAGAGUGAGCAUACAAAUUGCAGGAACCGGAAAUGUCCAACUCGACAAGAUCGAGCCCGUCAGCGAGAAAGUGAAAUUCAAGCAUGGUCCCAGAACUGAUCCUUCAGGUCCUGCAACGUAUCUCGGUGAGGAUGCAAGCCUGUGCGAUUGGUGCAACCAUAUUCUAAAUACCUCUAAUCCCGAGCACAAGAUCGAACUCACAACACAUCUCUUCUCCUUAUUUGCAACACGUGAACAAUCUUCUUCGCUCAUGGAGAUUGGGGCUGGUACUGUGAUUCCUCCCCAAGAACCGCCAAGACAAAACUUGACCCAAGUGAAACCGGGGCAGAUGCCCAGAGCUGGCAAGGGAGGGAACCUUAAAAACAGGAUCAUGAUGCUCCACGCUCUGGCAAACAUUGAGCAGUGGGCCAUCGAUCUCGCUAUCGAUAUCAUGGUUCGGUUCGCUUCGUUUCAAACAGCAACGCGGGAUGAGAACGACUACCCACGUCCACUACCGCGAACGUUUUUCUACGACUGGCUUAAGGUCGCGAAUGAUGAGGCAAAGCAUUUCUCUUUACUACGGGCAAGGUUAGAGGAGAUGGGGAGUCAUUUCGGUGCUCUGCCAGUCCACCACGGUUUAUGGGAAUCUGCCGUAAGAACAUCGCACGACCUGCGCGCAAGGAUAAGCGUCAUCGCACUUGUCCACGAAGCUCGCGGCCUCGAUGUCAAUCCCAAGACGAUCGAAAAGUUCCAAAAUGCCAAAGAUAGCGAAAGCGUCGAUGCAUUAAACAUUAUUCACAACGACGAGAUUACGCAUGUCACUACGGGGCAUAGGUGGCUCACUUGGAUUUGCCAACAAGAGGGCACCGAUCCGGUUCAAGUCUUCCGAAACAACGUACAGCAACACUUUAGAGGGGCCGUGAGGGGUCCGUUCAAUGCUGAGGCCCGACAACAGGCUGGUAUGGAUAAGAGCUAUUAUGAAGACCUCCAGGGGCUCCCGUGGAGAGGUGAUAUUAUCGCUGGUGGUUAAACUAUCUAUAUCCUCACAUUUUAAGUUGUCUUCGUCUAGACUAAUCCUGUUGGAUAAUGCCACAUAGAAGAAUAUCAAAGCAUCACUAACCUGAUACCAGCAACGCUAAACUGAGGGUUACGGAUAUUCCGGGAUUAUCUGAACGACUUAUCUCGUGGCUCUUGGACGUCCUUUUUUCUAAAUCGCAAAGUUGCCAUUGACUACUAUUAUAUUUACAUUUACCUUGCGCCAUGGUCAUUAGUAUGACAUUUAGGCAUACUUUAUUCGGAGUUGAGCUGCUAUUAUUUCUGAUAUCUAUCGAAACGGAGCUAUGUAGCUAAAGCGACUAUGUACUCACCUAACCUAAAAUAAACCUUAAGUCAGUAGCCGACUGGGGGAACCCGCUUUCUAGAAUUUUCUAGAUUUUGCAUUUACAUUACAAGAUACGAAGAUAUUCAAGCUGAGGGAGGAAAUAAGGCUGACAAUUUAUCAUACUAUUUUUAGUAUGGACUGAUAAGGUAUUAGAGUGAUAAGGGG